AUGGAUAGGACCGCGGAUGUGAGUAUUUCGCAUUUCAAUCUGGGUAUGGCUUCUUAUUGGUCGAAAUCGACGAAAUGGCACAUUAAGGGUGAUCCAGCGUUACAUGGCAAGAUUCUUUGCCUUCUAAUGUGGCACGCAAUACUCACGGCUGACGCGAUCUCAACGGCACCACUUUGGCGACUCCCGCACUUCAACGCGCGCCCUUGUCUCGGGAUAAUUUUAUCUGCUGCCGCGCGCUCAACCCCCAAAAUGGCGGGGUACAAGCGCGCCAUACCCCACUUUGAGACGGGUAAUUACAAAUCGCCGGGGGUUUUCCUGGCGGACGCGGAGUACGGGCGCGCGCUGGACUGCCUGGUGAAGGCGUGCGCGGACUUCUUCAUCCUCGAUACAGACAGCUCCGAGAAUUGCAGAAUACUGCUGGGGAAGCGGAAAGUGGAGCCGCAGCCCGACUGGUGGUUCAUGGGGGGGCGCAUGCGGCCGGGGGAGCGCCCAGAGGACAGCGUGGUGCGGCUGCUGAGCAGAGAGCUGGGCGUGACGGUGGAGCCCGGUGCAGUGCGGUUCCUGGGCGUGCACUCGUACUGGUGGUAUCGGCGUGUGCAGGCGCCUGUGGAGAACGGCACGUGUGACAUCAGCGGGGUGUUCACUGUGGCCAUUGGGGCGGAGCAAGCAGCUGCCAUCAAGCUGGAUGAGGAGGAAUACAGCGACUCCAAGUGGGUGAGCAUAGCGGACAUCACAGAGGGGGAGCACUACCAUCCCGCCCUCCGCCAGUCAGCCAGAGACCUCAAGGCACGGUUUGCCUGGGAGCGUCUGGAGAGCCUAGUGAAGGGCGUCGCCAUGCCUGGCGACAUUCCUGUCGGCAAACACGAUCCUGCAGCGGCGGACCCCGCGGCAUGGGCUCAGCUGCAGCAACUCCCCCCGGCCGACCGCCUGCACACGGCGGUGCUCCCCAAGGGCGGAAGCACGCUGGGCGCGGGCGCGCUGGCGGACGGCGGAAAAGAGGGGGAGGCGGAGCUGGCGCAGGUGGACCUGCGCGCGCUGAGCCACGCGCAGCGGGAGCGGCUGGUGGAGCGCGCGCUGGAGACGCUCGAUCAGGACAACGAGGCGUUCCUCACGAAGCUUAAAGCCCGCCUCGACCGCGUGGGGUUGAGCGUGCCGUCGGUGGAGGUGCGCUUCGAGGACGUGAACGUCGAGGCGGGCGUGUACGUCGGCACGCGCGCGCUGCCCACGCUCCUCAACUUCACGCGCAACUCGCUCGCCGCGGCGCUGCGGUCGCUGCGCGUGGUGCCGGACUCGCGGCGCCCGUAUCCGAUCCUGCACGGGUGCUCGGGCGUGCUGCGGCCGGGCCGCAUGACGCUGCUGCUGGGGCCGCCAGGCGCCGGCAAGUCGACGCUCAUGCAAGUGCUCGCGGGCUGCCCCGACAAGUCGCUCAAGGUAUCGGGCAGCGUGACCUAUAACGGGCAUGCUCUUAACGAGUUCAUACCAGAGCGCACAGCAGUGUACGUGCCUCAGAACGACGAGCACAUCGGCGAGAUGACCGUCCGGGAGACCCUCGACUUCUCCGCGCGCCUGCAGGGUCCUGGCCUUCGGAAAGACCUAGUGGCAGAGCUGGAAAAGCGCGAGGCGGAGCAGGGCAUCGUGCCGGACCCCACUAUGGACGCCAUCAUGAAGGCGAUGGCACUGGAGGGCAACCCCACCAACGUCAUCACGGACUAUGUGCUCAAGAUCCUUGGUCUGGACAUCUGUGCAGACACAGUGGUGGGAAACGAAAUGCUGCGCGGCAUCUCAGGCGGGCAGAAGAAGCGGGUGACCACAGGCGUGUCCCUUGUGGGCCCAAAGCAAGUUCUGCUGAUGGACGAGAUCAGCACGGGGCUGGACUCCUCCACCACCUUCCUCAUCACGCGCUGCCUGCGCCACCUCACCCACCUCCACGCCGCCACCACGCUCGUCGCCCUCCUGCAGCCCGCCCCAGAGACCUACGAGCUCUUUGACGACGUCAUGCUGCUCUCCGAGGGCCACGUCGUGUUCCACGGGCCCAGGGAGCAGGUGGUGCCGUUUUUCAACCAGCUGGGGUUUGAGUGCCCCGAGAGGAAAGGCGAGGCGGAUUUCCUGCAGGAGGUGACGUCGAUGAAGGACCAGGGGCAGUACUGGAAGGGGGGCCCGGGCGGACAGCCGUACCACUAUGUGCCGGCGCAGGCGUUUGAGGCGGCGUUCAAGGAGACGCAGAUCGGCAAGGCCACUGCUGCCCACCUCUCAGUGCCCUACCCAAAAGAAAAGAGCCCUCCCGGCGCGCUGGCCCACAAGCGCAACGCCCUGCCAACCUCCGAAAUGUUCCUCGCAGUCUUCGAGCGUGAGUUUCUCCUCAUGAAACGCAACGCCUUCCUCUACGUCGCUCAGACCAUCCAAAUCAUCCUCAUCGCGCUCGUCACCAUGACCGUCUUCUUCCGCACCACGCUCGACAUCUCCCUGCAAGACGGCAACUACUACCUCGGCGCCAUUUUCUUCGGCCUCAUCAUGAUGCUCUUCAAUGGCUUCACCGAGCUCACGCUGCUUGUCAUGCGCCUGCCGAUAUUCUACCGGCAGAGGGACACGUUUCUGUACCCCGCGUGGGCGUGGGAGGUGCCCAUGGAGCUGCUGUCGCUGCCCUUCUCUGCCUGGGCGUCCAUCAUCUGGACGGCUGUCACGUACUAUGUCAUUGGCUUCGCACCGGAACCGGGCAGGUUCUUCAUGCAGAUGUUUCUCUUCUUCCUCAUCCAUCAGGUCGCCAUGUCGCUCUUCCGUCUCAUAGGAGCGCUGGGCCGCAGCAUGGUGGUGUCCAACACCUUUGGUUCCUUCGCCCUCAUCCUCCUCUUCCUGCUCGGUGGCUUCGUCCUCGCUAAGGGUGACAUUCACAAUGUGUGGAUCUGGGCGUAUUGGAUCUCGCCUCUCAUGUACGGCCAGAACGCCCUCGCUGUCAACGAGUUCCUCGCGCCCCGCUGGAAUGUGUCCGCAGGCCCGCUCUUCCCCCCCACGGUCACCAUGGGCCAGGUGCUGCUGGAGAGCCGCUCGCUGCCGCUGAACGAAAAUUGGCGCGGCAUUGGCGCGGCGGCACUCAUCGGCUUCAUCAUCCUCUUCAACCUCCUCACCAUUCUCGCCCUCGCUUACCUCGAUCCGUGGGCGCGUCCCCAGCCAGUGGUGUCAGAGGAGCAGCUGGAGACAAAACACGCCGCCCGUACGGGCGAGGUGCUGGGCUUGGCGGGCGGCAGCAGGAAGCGGUCAACACGGCAGGGCAAGGGCACCAGCAGCGCUCUCGACCGCUACUGCACCAGCCACACGGCUUCUCGAGACGUGGAGUCGCAGCCCGAGUCAGCGGAGGGAAAGCACGGCAUGGUGCUGCCCUUCGAGCCGCACUCGCUGUCCUUCCACAACGUCAACUACUUCGUCGACAUGCCCGCCGAGAUGCGCGCCGAGGGCGCCCCCCCCGACGCGCGCCUGCAGCUGCUGCGCAACGUGUCGGGCGCCUUCCGGCCCAAAGUGCUGACGGCGCUGGUGGGCGUGUCGGGCGCGGGCAAGACCACGCUCAUGGACGUGCUGGCAGGCAGGAAGACCGGCGGGUACAUCGAGGGGGACGUGCGCGUGUCGGGGUUCCCCAAGGUGCACGAGACGUUUGCGCGCGUGGCAGGGUACUGCGAGCAGAGCGACAUUCACACGCCGCAGGUGACGGUGCUCGAGAGCCUGCUCUUCUCCGCGUGGUUGCGCCUGCCGGCUGAUGUGGACACGGAGGUGAGGGAGGAGUUUGUGGAGGAGGUGAUGGAGCUGGUGGAGCUGGAUGGGCUCAGGGACGCCAUGGUGGGGCUGCCGGGGGUGAAUGGGCUCUCCACGGAGCAGAGGAAGCGCCUCACCAUCGCCGUCGAGCUCGUCGCCAACCCUUCGAUCAUCUUUCUGGAUGAGCCCACCAGCGGGCUGGACGCGCGGGCGGCGGCCAUUGUGAUGCGCACCGUGCGCAACACCGUGGACACGGGGCGCACCGUCGUGUGCACCAUCCACCAGCCGAGCAUCGACAUCUUUGAGGCCUUUGAUGAGCUUCUGCUGAUGAAGCGAGGAGGCGAGGUGAUCUACAUGGGCCCGCUAGGCACGGACUCAAAGAUAAUGAUUGACUACUUCCAGGCCAUCCCAGGCGUGCCGCCCAUCCCCGCCGGCUACAACCCCGCCACGUGGAUGCUGGACAUCUCCACGCCCGCCAUGGCCGACAAACUCAACAUCGACUUCGCCGAAAUCUUCCGCAAAUCAGACCAGUUCCGCCACAAUGAAGAGCUGAUAGAGUCGCUCAAGACGCCCCCGCCGGGCCAGCAGGACCUCGCCUUUGCGACAAAAUUCUCCACCAGCUACCCCACGCAGUUCAUUGCCAACCUGUGGAAGCGGUCGCGCAUGUACUGGCGGGCGCCCGACUACAACGCGGUGCGCUAUUUCUUCUGCGCCAUCAUGGCUCUGCUCGUUGGUGGUGUGUUCUUCGGGCUGGGCAAGCAGCGCGGCACGCAGCAGCAGCUGCUCAACGUCAUGGGCGCCAUGUAUACCGCAUCACUCUUCAUGGGGUGGAACAACGCUGCUUCCGUGCAGCCCAUUGUCGCCAUCGAGCGCACCGUCUUUUACCGCGAGCGUGCUGCAGGGCUGUACGGCGCGGUGCCGUAUGCCCUGGCGCAGGGGGCAAUUGAAAUCCCAUACGUGUUGGUGCAGACGGUCAUCUACUCGCUCAUCACGUACGCCAUGAUCCAGUUUGAGUGGACGGCCGGCAAGUUCUGGUGGUACACGCUCUUCAUGUUCCUCACGCUCUUCUACUUCACAUGCUACGGCCUCAUGGCCAUCGCCAUCUCGCCCAACGAGCAGCUCGCCAUGGUCAUCUCGGGAUUCUUCUUCUCCUUCUGGAACCUUCUCUGCGGUUUCCUCAUCACCCGACCUCAAAUCCCGGUGUGGUGGCGCUGGUUCUAUUGGAUCAACCCCGUCUCAUGGACACUCUACGGCCUCAACGCCUCGCAGCUGGGCGAUGUGACGACAACGCUGCAGGUGCCAGGGGUCUCACCGGACCCAACGGUGCAGGUGUAUCUGGAGGAGGUGUUUGGCUACCAGCACUCGUGGCUCGGCUAUGUCGUGCUUGUCAACAUCGGAUUCAUCAUCCUCUUUUUUACCGUCUUCGCUUACGCACUCAAGAAGCUCAACUUCCAAAACCGUUGA